AUGCCGCCGAACAAAGGUGCCACCGGGCGCAAAAAGGAUGCGAUUCAUUUCGUCAAUGCCAGACCCUCCUCCGAGAACGAGCGACUUCGCAUCCGCCGCCUCGUUCGCGCUCAUGUAGGACAAUGGAUCUCCGACCAGACCAAGGACCGAUCGGACACCGCAGAGACCCAAUUGAAGGAACAUCAUGAGAAAUCCGUCGAUCUCGACACGGAGGAAACGCUCUUUCCCUCAUCUUCGCCGUCGGGUUCGUCGUCCCGCUCGCCGGAAUCCAACACCUCCAAUAGCACCUCGCUUGUUCGAACCAUCGAUCAGAAGAAUGCGCGCCAGACCACCCCGAAAGCUCGUGCCUGCCCCGUACAUACCGAUGCCAUGGCUAGCACAUUCGAUAGCAGCUUCGACCACAACAAGUUGGCCCGGGGAUCACUGUCCAUGUCCGACAGUCCUAGCCCGUCCCCGCCUGGAGAAUAUGUGGAGUCCUUUGGUGCCAAUGUCCUAGACCCUUUUCACACCUCUCCUUCCAAAUAUGCGCCCGAUCUGGUCAGCGCAUGUGAGCGAUACUGUCUGAAUGUCUUGUGGCCUGGACUAACGCCCGGCCACGGCAACGAUGACUCCAGCGUGCUGGCUAGUUCGAAUUGGUUUCCUCUCUCUCUUAAUGACCCGACGUUGUUUACCGCGUUUCUUUUCGGCUCCCUGUCGCAUCAGAGAGUGCAGUGGAUCAAUGGCUGGAUCCCGAAGGACUCCUUUCGACCCCGGGACCAGCAGCUGCUUCAGCUGUGUGAGUUCGAGACCAUCAAAAUGAUCAACCAACAGGUCAGCAUUCCAGGUCGAGCCGUGUGCGAUGCCGUGAUUCUCAGCGUUAUCUGCAUGGCACACAACGCAGCCGACGAGAACGACGAGCGCCUACAGCGGCGGACCCCAUUCCACGCGCCGAUGCGAAGAUUGCAAUGGCUGGAUGUCUACGGAAGCCUCCCGCCGAAUAUUGUGCACGUGGAAGGAUUGGUUCAAAUGGUCAAACUCCGUGGUGGCUUGGAGCAGAUCACACUCCCCGGAUUGGCCCCGAUCUUAUCAUUUUCCGACAUUGUAACUGCGACAACCUAUCUGGUCCCGCCGGUCUUCUCGUACAUCCCCCUGAGUGACGAUCGAAGGAACAUGUCUCUACAGACGUUACUCGGCUACGACCCGGUCGAGGUGGAGCGACAGUACGGUCAUCUACGACAGCUUGGCCUCACGGAAGAAUUACUGAACCUCUUCUAUGCUAUGCGGGUGUACAUGAACAAUGUGGAUGGGAUUCUGCAUAAAACGAUCAAGGGUGACAAUGCACUGCUCGCCGACCAGCGCAACUUGAUCCAGCAUACCCUCCAGGCUCUGCCUCCGGCCAUCCAGACCGAAGCGUAUCCGUCAUUCCCUGACCAGGGAGUUGUCUACGAAGCGAGUCGUCUUGCAGCACUCGUCUACAGUGUGGGCGUCGUCUUUCCUCUGCCCGCGCAGAGCUCGCCACUGGCCCGGUUAGCCCUGUUCCUGAGAGGAACCAUUAACAACUGGCGGUCCAAACCCACCUGGACGCAUCCUCAAGCUCUCGUGUUGAUCUUAUGGGCCUUGACCCUGGGUGGAAUCGCCUCGGACAACCGGCCGGAACGAGAAUGGUUUGUGCAAGUCCUGGGUCAAACGCUCCGAGAACACCAUAUUUCCACCUGGGCUGAGCUCCGCACCAUGCUAAGGAUGAUCCUGUGGUACGACACAGCCUGCGAUGAAGCGGGUCGAGCACUAUUGUUCGAAAUUGAGAUGGCAUUCAUGUCUUUUUGA